CUCUCUCUCUCUCUCUCUCUCUCUCUCUCUCUCUCUCUCUCUCUCUCUCUCGUUUUUUGUUAUAUACCCUUAUUCCCUUUCCCAUUUUCUAACAAUGCACUCAAACACAUUUCCACAUUCCUAAAAGCAUCCAACGUUCCUUGCAAGUUUUCUUCAGCUACAUUGACCUCAUUGUUGAACUCAAAAGAUGGGGAAAAGAAACGGUAAAAGAAAGAAGGAAGAAAUCGCUGAGGAUCAUUGUUUCGUUUGCAAGGAUGGUGGUAACAUGAGAGUCUGUGAUUUUAAGGAUUGCCUUAAAACUUAUCAUGCUGAAUGCGUGAGCGAAGAUGCUUCCUUUUUGACAAGUAACAAUAAUUGGUGUUGUGGGUCACAUUAUUGCUGCCUAUGUCGUAGAGCAUCAAAGUUUAUGUGCUUCUUCUGCCCAACAGCUGUUUGCGGAAAAUGCUACUAUGAUGCUGAUUUUGCCAAGGUCAAAAGAAACAAAGGAUUUUGUAGGCACUGCUCAAAACUUGCAGUUCUAAUUGAGAAAAAUGCUGACGUUGAUUCUGAUGGUGAUAAAAUAGAUAUGAAAGAUCCAGCUACAUAUGAAAGUUACUUUGUAGAGUAUUAUGAUUUAAUUAAAAGAAAAGAAGGGCUGAAUUCUCAGCAUGCUCAUAUUGCCCGUGACUUCAUUAAAAAUAAAAAAAAGAAGUGUGACAUGGAUUCAUAUGAAAUAGGCGAUGAGGAAGAUGAUAGUGGUGAAUCUGAUGUGAGUAAUUUUAUGGAUUCUGAUAGUGAUGACCUAGAUGGCACAACAGGAGUUAAAUCUUCGGGGAGAAAGAAGAAGUGCAUGAAAAAGCUAGAAUCAAUAAAAGGAAAAAUAGGGAAAGAUAAGAAAAAAGAUUUUGAUGGAUGGGGUUCAAGAAGUCUCAUAGAUUUUCUUAAAAAUAUUGGUGUAGACACUACCAAAGCGUUUUCAGAACUUGAUGUUAAAUCGAUCAUCAUUGACUACUGCCAUAAAAACCAGCUUUUUGACCCCGUGAAAAAGAAAAGGGUAUUAUGUGAUGCAAAGUUACAGAAUUUACUAAGGCGUAAAUCAGUGAAUAAAAACAGUAUACAAAACCUUCUUGCAUCGCAUUUUGUUGAGAAUUUUGAGGAAACAGAUGAUAUGGUCAGUAGUUCAGAAGAAAUGGGUAACAAAGAAGCAUUCAAGUUUUCUGAGCAGAGACAUUUGAAUUCAACUACAAAAUCUUGUCUGAACGUAGUUUCUCAAGAGCUUCUAAGUGGAUUUGCAGCUAUAGUUAGUUCAAACCUAAAACUUGUCUACUUGAAGAGGAGCUUAAUUGAGGAGCUUUUGAAGCAGCCAGAAAACUUUGAUGACAAAGUAUUGGGAAGUUUUGUUAGAACCAAGUCCGACCCAAAUGACUAUUUACAGAAUAAUUCCCAUCUGCUCUCGCAAGUAAUAGGAAUUAAUAGAUCAUCUAAAAAAGGCGAAAUCAAUCAAGAAAUUCUGCUCCGACUUUCUAAUGUGCCAAAAGGUGUACCUGUCAGCAAAAUUUCUGAUGAUGACUUUUCUGAGGAAGAAUGUCAAGAUCUGUAUCAGAGAAUGAGUAGUGGUGUGCUCAAAAAGCCAACUACACUGGAGCUUGAGCAGAAAGCUAGAACUCUGCACAAAGAUAUCAUGAAGCAUUGGAUCUCAAGAGAGAUAGCAGUGUUGCGAAAUCGUAUUGAUCUGGCAAAUGAAAAGGGAUGGAGGAGAGAACUUGCUCAAUACAUAGAUCGAAAAAUGAAACUGGAAUCUCCAUCAGAACAAACACGUUUAUUGAGUGAAAUUCCAAAAGUAAUUCCAGAAAUGGUUGAUACCAGAGAAGACUCCUCCAGAGAAGAUAAGCUUGAGCAAAAUGAUUUGUCAGAAUUAGCCAUUGGCGAGAAUUGUAGCUCUGUUGAACAAUACUCCAUACAUGAUGGUUUUGCUCAAUGUCUGGAUAAGCAAACAGAUGUUGUAGAUUGUAGAAAUCUGAGUGUUGACAUGGAUGCCAAUCAGACAAUAAAAGAAAGCCAGAGCGUUACACUUGCUGAUUCUGUUAAGGCGACCGCCACAGAUGUUAUUAUGUUAAGUGACAGUGAAGAAGAUGAGUCGAAUACUAAAGUCACUUCAGCUGAAAGUAAGGAAGUUGAGACUCCUAAAGUCACUCCUGUAGGAAGAAAAGGAGUAGAAACUCCCGAAGUUAUUUCAGCCGGAAGAAAGAGAUUGGAGACUCCUGAAACUCCUAGCUGGCUAUGUUCGGGUGUUUUUGGUGGUCGAGAAAGAGGACCAUUUUCAUUGUCUGUACUCAAACUCUAUUCUGAAUCUCAAUCUGCUUUUUCAUCUCCCUUAGAUUUCAAGGUAUGGAAGAAAGGUGAGAGUGAAAGAGAGGCAAUUCCUCUGAGAGAUGCACUUAGGCUCUUUUCUCCCCAACUUGAGGAGUAACUCAAAAUGAAGAAAUCAUCUCUAUCGGAUGCAUGAUUAGCAUAGUUGUAUAUUUUCGUUUCUCCAUAUAGGUGCUUUUUUUGUAAUUUUGCUAGUGAAAAAGUAUUUUAUUGUGGAUGAUAAAUAUAUGCUAUGUGACUCUUAAACAUGUUUUUCUAUUGUAUUUCUUGUCAUACAAUUUGAGCAUAAAAUAGGAAGCUUGACAUUGAGAUGCUUUUGAAAA